AUGAGGCGCGAAACAGUGUUUGCCAUUGCGUUGCUUGCGGCUGUCUUAUCUCCUUCCUCUCAGGGUGAUAUGUGGUCUUUCAAGUGGACCCCCGAGUUGAUUGAUUGGAGGGCGAUCAGGGAUAAUGUCCAUCAAGAAGAAAAGCACCACAACGUUGGUGAAUUCGAGACACUGUGCAGGAUUUACCGAAUCACGCAAGCAGAGGCCCCACAACCCUCCUUUAAGAAUCGUGAGAAGGAAGGAGAGAUUCUGAAGAAGUUGGAGGAAAUGGUCAGUGAGGCAGAAACUGUUGCUGGCAAUAAGGGCUCGAGCAAUUCAUCUAACAGCACGACAGCAUAUCAGGAGAUGAAGAAACUAUUUGAGAAGGCUAAAAAACUUAAGGAAGAAAUAGAAGUGAAUAGGACAAGAUCGCUAAAUGCAAGUCGUUCUGCUGAGGAAAAUAUGUUGAGAGCUGUGUAUGGCGACGCUGUGGAUGUGGCAAGAAAUGAGAAUAAAACUCUGGAGGAAGCCAUGAGAGGAAACAAAUCACUGCUGUUCAAUAGUGUCUACAAUGCAGCCACGAGCUGCGGUUCUUUUGGAGACAAGCUAGUUGGAAAGACACUAAUUAAUGACUUCUUCUGCCUAUGUGUUGGGGAGGCUAUCGACAUUGUUAAGAAAGAAGAGAGAGGGACACAUCACCAUGAUUCAGAUGUCGAAGACAGUAGUGAUGACAAUAUAUAUAAUGGAUAUAACUGUCCUUGCAAGGAUGAAAUAAGGAGACCUGAAAAUGGUAGUUGGACUAUGAUGGCUGAUUCUUGUAAAGGUGAUAACAGCAAGUGCGACCCUAAGAAAAUAAAAUACAACCAUACUGAGGCUUGGGAUGUGAUUAGUAAGGCUUGUGCAUACAAAAAUGUUGCAUCUAAUGUGAAAACCUUAAAGAGUGCAUUAGCUCAGUUUGAUGCAUUAGUGAAUUUGGGACAGAAUGGCCAUCAGGUAAAGGGUAUUCUUGGCUACGUGAGAACAGACCAUAACGAGAAUAGCACGUGCCUGGGUUACACUGCUGGAUUCACAUGUGUCAGUUACAAUCACACACUUGAAAAUGGUGGGAUUCCUUGGUACAACCAUCUUACUAACGCCACCGAGCAACUACAAGAAAUGGCAAAGUAUGCCAAAGAGUCUGACAGUCAUCUUCACGAAUUGGAAGAAUACCAACAUGAGGCAGAGGAAAUAUUUCUUGAGGUGAAACUUGGUGGUGAUGCUGGGCUAUGGAAAAGUAACCGAGCUCAAGGUGAAAGUGACAGUGAAGGUUAUGAUACUGGGGUAAAUAAUGAUUGUUUCUAUUAUAUAGAUGUGAAAACUGGUGUUGUUAUGCUAUUAAUUCUUUCCCUUUUUUGUAUGUUUUAG